GCACCACGUGUCAUAUUUCCUGAACUAACACAAAUCCAAGUCCCUAACUCAAAAAUUGAGAAAUGUCGGUCAUCCCUGCACUUCCAUUUCCAUCCAUUUCAGUCCCCAGAAAAUUCCAACAACUGCACCUAAAAUCCCCUAAACUCUUCCUAAUCCGAUCCUCAAUGGACACUCCACAACCGAAACACGUGGCAGUUUGCGGCGGUGGAGUAAUCGGAGUUUGCACAGCUUACUUCCUAUCAAAAUCCGGCGCAAACGUAACUCUAAUCGAGCAAUCUGCCGUGGCCUGCGCUGCCUCCGGUAAGGCUGGAGGUUUCUUAGCCUUAGAUUGGUGCGACGGCGGUCCCGUCGCGUCACUCGCACGCGCCAGCUUUAAUCUUCAUCGGUUACUCGCUCAAGAACUUGAUGGACCACAAUCUUACGGUUAUCGUCCACUUACUACCUUAAGUGUCUCUGUUGACGAGUCGUUAUCAUCAUCAUCAUCUUCUUCGUCGAACCGAACUGGGCCGCUUCCGUCUUGGGUUAAUGGCCCAGCUAAAAGCCCAAAAACUAUCGGGUCAAGUGAUAGCACGGCCCAAGUCCAUCCACAAUUGUUUACUAAAACAUUAUUGUCCAUAGCAAUGGAGGAUUAUGGGGUUGAGCUGGUGAUUGGUAAAGCCGAGAGAAUCGAAAUGGUGGAGGGGAAAACUAGAGGGGUAGUAUUGGAAGAUGGGAGAGAGAUUGUGGCAGAUGCAGUUGUGUUGGCACUUGGGCCUUGGACUAAGAGAUUUUCUCUUUUGGGCUCGCUUUUUCGGGUUUAUGGAAUUAAGGCCCAUAGUAUAGUACUGGAACCGAAAGAGCCUGAUAGGAUCACGCCACAUGCUCUGUUUCUCACUUAUUAUCCUGCCCAAGGUGGGAAGCCCAUGGACCCGGAAGUUUAUCCUCGUCCUACAGGGGAAGUUUAUAUAUGUGGAAUGUCGGCUCAGGCAGAGGUUCCGGACGAUCCAGCGCAGAUCACUCCAGUUCCUGAAUCAAUAAACGCGCUUAAGAGAGUGGCAGCUAGUGUGUCAAGCCAUUUAGUGGAAGGGGAAGCAGCUGUAAAAACAGAACAAGCAUGUAUCCUACCUUGCAGCGAAGAUGAUGUGCCAAUUAUCGGGGAAGUUCCCGGUGUGAAAGGCUGUUAUGUGGCAACUGGACACAGCUGUUGGGGAAUUCUCAAUGGUCCUGCCACUGGUGCAGCUAUGGCUGAACUUGUUCUGGACGGACAUGCUAGCAUUGUUGAUCUUAGCCGAUUUAACGCAGCAAGAUUUGCUAGUGUUCUGAAGAGGUAAGAUGACUACAGUCAGACCUUUCUAUAACAGUCAUUCUGUAACAACGUUUCACUAUAACAACCACAUUUUCAGUGGAACCGAUCUUUCAUGUUACGUUAUAUGUUGUCUAUAACAACAUUUCGCUAUAGCAGUCAAAAACUAUUGCGACAAAUGAUGUUAUAGAGAGGUUUGACUCUAUAUACAAAUCUAUCUAAAAGGUGAAGAUGGCUUCAUAUACUCGGCACUGCAAUAGGCAAAAGGGUAAUUUGUUGAAUGAAGAACUUGUAGUUUUUUUUUUUUUGGUUUUUGGGAGUUCUGAAACUAUUGAUUAGAUGUUGAGAGAAACAAGAGGUCACAAUUACAUUUUCAUUAUCGGCACAGUAAGUAUGUAGUCUCUCCAAGAAAAUAAGGUCUCUAGACACAAAUGCACUGUUUGGCAAGCAGAGUACUAAAAGCUUAAUCAGCUGGGAUACAGUUAUCAUGCAGAAUGUUACUAUGGUCUUUUUUCUUAUUUUCUGAACAAUAGUGAUGUAUGGACCAGCUUAAGUGGACAUUACUCAUUUUGUUUCAGUAUAUAUGAUAUUCUUUUCAUUUUA